UGACAACUGUUUAAGUUGGAAACGCAGAUUUUUUUUUUCUCAGUUUCACAUGGAACAACAAAAAAAGAAAAAACAGAUAGAAAUGGAUAUGAGAAAUUAAUGAAGGAUCCUACUUGUCUCAUUUUACCAGCAUUUGGGACCCAGUUACUUAUAUCAAAGAAAACUGGUUAUACUUUCUAAAUAAAUUAUUAUUUAAUAACUUUAUUGUCAUUUAACAUGAUAUAUUUUUAAUAAUUGCAUUUAUUUCAAUUUUUGUUAUUUCUGAAAUGGACUGUAAACAGUUUCAAAAGCUUCUUUCAAGUUGGGUUAACAUUUUUGAGGGUUAUGAUUUGUUAACUUAACCAACCUUAGUGAUUUAUAGCUUAAAGCCCAUAUUAGUUCAUUAGGGCUGCCAUAACAAGGUACCACAGACUGGGUGGCUUAAACAACAGAACUUGGCCAGGCGCAGUGGCUCAUGCCUGUAGUCCCAGCACUUUGGGAGGCCAAGGCGGAUGGAUCAUGAGGUCAGGAGUUUGAGACCAGCCUGGCCAAUAUGGUGAAACCCAUCUCUACUAAAAAUACAAAAAAAUUUAGCCAGGCAUGGUGGCACGCACCUGUAGUCCUAGCUACUAGGGAGGCUGAGGCAGAAGAAUCACUUGAACUCAGGAGGCAGAGGUUGCAGUAAGCCAAAAUCCCGCCACUGCACUCCAGCCUGGGCAACAAAGCGAGACUCCAUCUAAAAACAAAAAACCCAGAACUUUGUUGUCUCAAGGUUCUGGAGGCUGGAGGUCCCAGCACAAGGUGUUGGCAGGGUUGGUUCCUUCUGAGGGCUGUGGGGAAGAAUCUAUUCAUUCGUCUCCCCUAGCUCCUGAUGGAGUGCUGGCAGUCUUUUGUGAUGGCUUGCAAAAGUAUCAUCCUGAUUUCUGCCUUCAUAUUCACAUGGUGUUCUCCCUGUAUGCCUGUGUCUGAAUUGUCUGAAUUUCCUUUUUUUGAGACAGAGUCUUUCUCUGUCACCCAGGUUGGAGUGCAGUGGCACAAUCUCUGCUCACUGCAACCUCCUUCUGGACUCAAGCAAUUCUCAGCUUCCCAAGUAGCUGGGAUUACAAGUGUGCACCACCAUGCCCAGCUAAUUUUUAUGUUUUUUGUAGAGACAAAACAUACAUGGAGUUUGGCCAUGUUGCCCAGGCUGGUCUCGAACUCCUGGGGUCAAGCAAUCUGACCGCCUCGGCCUCCCAAAGUGCUGGGAUUACAGGCCUGAGCCACUGUGCCCAGCUGAAUUUUCCUUUUUUAUAAGGAAAUCAGUCACUGGACUAGGGCCCACCCUAAUGACCUAAUCUUAAUUAAUUACACUUGCAAUGGCCCUAUUUCCAAAAAAGGUCACAUUCUGAGGUAUUAGGGGUUAGAAGUUCAUUAUAAGAAUUUUGGGAGGGUGCAGUUCAACCCAUAACAAACGUAAUGUCUAUUCCUGUCUUGCCCUUCUUUUCUGUUUUUGAACAUGGAGAAACCCCAUCUCUACUAAAAAUACAAAAUUAGCCGGGCAUGGUGGCAGGCACCUGUAAUCCCAGCUACUCGGGAGGCUGAGGCAGGAGAAUCGCUUAAACCUGGGAGACAGGUUGCGGUGAGCCGAUAUCAUGCCAUUGCACUCCAGCCUGGGCAACAAGAGCAAAAUUCCGUCUCAAAAAAAAAAAAAUUGAAUUUUAACACACUAUAGAAGAAUGGGUUAAAUUGUCACUGAGACUUAUAAGACAGAAAUAGACUUUAAUAGUAUAUCUUUUACUUAGCUUGCUUGCUUGCUUGCUUUUUCUUUUUCUUUCUUUUCUUUCUGUCUCUGUCACCCAGGCUGGAGUGUGGUAGCAUGAUCUUGGCUCACUGCAACCUCCUUCUCCCAGGUUCAAGCAAUUUUCCCACCUCAGCCUCCCAAGUAGCUGGGACUACAGGCAGACGCCACCACACCUGGCUAAUUGUUGUACUUUUAGCAGAGACAGGGUUUCACCAUGUUGCCCAGGCUGAUCUCAAACUCCAGAGCUCAAGUGAUCUGCCAGCCUCAGCCUCCUGAAGUGCUGGGAUUAUAGGUGUGAGCCACCAUGCCCAGCCUCCUUAGCUUUAUAAAAGAAUACAGGACAGAUGAUAAAGCAGUUUAGACACUUUGGAAACUCUGCAAUAUCACCAAAAAGUUCGCUGCGUAGAAAAUCAAGAAGUAAGGACUAUGAUGUAUAUAGUGAUAAUGAUAUCUGCAGUCAGGAAUCAGAAGAUAAUUUUGCCAAAGAGCUUCAACAGUACAUACAAGCCAGAGAAAUGGCAAAUGCUGCUCAACCUGAAGAAUCUACAAAGAAAGAACGAGUAAAAGAUACCCCACAGGCUGCUAAACAAAAAAAUAAAAAUCUUAAAGCUGGUCACAAGAAUGGCAAACAGAAGAAAAUGAAGCGAAAAUGGCCUGGCACUGGAAACAAAGGAUCAAAUGCUUUGCUGAGGAACAGUGGCUCACAGGAAGAGGAUGGUAAACCUAAAGAGAAGCAGCAGCAUUUGAGUCAGGCAUUCAUCAACCAACAUACAGUGGAACGCAAGGGAAAACAAAUUUGUAAAUAUUUUCUUGAAAGGAAAUGUAUUAAGGGAGACCAGUGUAAAUUUGAUCAUGAUGCAGAGAUAGAGAAGAAAAAGGAAAUGUGUAAGUUUUAUGUACAAGGAUAUUGUACCAGAGGUGAAAACUGUCUGUAUUUGCAUAAUGAAUAUCCUUGUAAGUUUUACCAUACAGGAACAAAAUGUUAUCAGGGAGAAUAUUGCAAGUUUUCUCAUGCUCCGCUGACUCCUGAAACACAAGAAUUGUUGGCUAAAGUUUUGGAUACUGAAAAGAAGUCAUGUAAAUAAAACAGACAUAAAAAGGUAGCAAUGUACAGAUAAAGAGUACUUAACGCCCAUGCCUGUUCAAGACUGGUGAUUUGGAGUAGUUUACAAGAUUCCUCAUUCAGAGUGCCCUCUUGUGUGACUGGGGUGAUGUGCAGCUUCCAUAAUGGAUGGGACAGAGAGCUGGGAUCUAAUGUACAAGUGAAGGGCUUGGUCUUCACUGAGACAUUCCAGCCAUUGGAAUAGGAGAGGAGCAUAUAUGGCAGAGAUGAUGGCUGGUGGGUAAAUGUGAUAGUAAAUUGUAGAAACCUCUUCUGAUUGAUUGGAUUUCCUUAAUAAAAUAGGAAGCAAGGUUAGGCUGAGUGAGGGUGGGUGAAGAGGUAGAGGAAGUUUGAGGAGAGAGAACUGCUCAGAAGACAUUGGUAGAUGGACCAUAAAAACAGAGUUAGUUCUCUUUAUGACAUUAAAUAGUUUCACAACAUAUUUUUAACGGUUGUUCACAAUUUCAUUUUAGGGCUUAAAAUAAAUUAUGGUUCUAUGAUUUUUUUAAACCAGUUUCCUAUUGUUAGACAUUUGUUUCAAGUUUCUUACUAUUAUAAAUAAAGUGAAACAAUAUCUCUUACUAUACCAUUUCUAAAUUUAGAGUUCCUAACUUUUCUGUUGUUAAAAUAUAAGAAUAUUUAUCUUUCUCAUUGGUUUAUAAACUGUAGUCAGAUUAUACACUUGUGUGAAUUAGAAACUUUAGGAUUGUGAUGGAUCAUUAACACAAGAUUCAAAUACAGAUGUUCCAAGUACAAAUAAUAAUAAUGAGAUUCUAAAUAUGCAGUUGUAUAUAGUAAUAUUCAUUAUUAUUAGACAAAUACCAUGAAAUGGAAACUUGUCAUUAUAUUGUUUUAUUGCUGGGAAAAGUAUUACCAACUUGCUGGACAUACAGAGUACACCAAAGCUAGUGAUAUUUCUUAGCAAAGUCCUAUUUGAAAAUAGGAAUCAAAGUUAUUUUCAUUGUUAUCUAAUCCUGCUAAAGCAAGAAAGGGAAUUGCAUAUACUCCAAGCAAAGGUUUAUCAGACAAGACCAAAGAAAGCAGGAAACAAGGGUAAAUCCUAGGCCCUCAGAAGCAGGAAACUGAGGAAUGGAGAGCAAGUCAUCUCUCAAUGCCCUUUUGCUGUCUGCCCAGGUUGAUUGGUUCACUUCCCAGCUGUGGCUCAGGAGGAGGGCAAGGCACUUCUUAUUUAAGUCUCAUAAUAACCUUAUAAGGUGGAUAAUGCAAUUCAUUGCAUAGAAAGGGAAUAAAUAGGAAUACUUAAUUUUUUAAUUUUCAUGAGCCUUGUCAAUACUUGUAAUUAAUCUUAUACUACAGUCUAGCAGUUUAUUUCCUAAUAUUACCUCAUGUAUAGUUUGAUACUUAUGAAGUAUAGAUUUUAUAUAUAAAGUUUAUAUAUACGGAAAAAAAACCAAUUCUUAUAUUCCUGAGGCAGUACCCAUCUCACUUGUAAACUUAAAAGACACAGCAGAGAUUUGAGGGACUCAGAAGUCAAAUAGAGUAGGUUAAAAACCUCUUAUUUUUCAAAUAAUUGUUUUAAGAAACAAGCGUACCUGUGUCAGUGAAAUAACGUGUUAAAUCAAGUUAGGAGAGAGAGAUUCUCAUGAAUGUGUCCUGUGUUGUUAAAGCAGCUGCUAGCCUGGGGGUCUCUCCUACCUGUGUUAUGGCAGCACCUCACAGCCAAUCGCUGGCCUCCAUGCUCCCCUUUCCUCUGUACAGUUUGCUCUGGUUCCUCGGAGCAGAUUUCCGAGUAUACUGCUUCAGCCAUGCCCCCACUGUGCCGUUCCCUGAACCAAGAGCCAUUCGUCUCAAGAGCCAUUCGUCCAAAGUUCUCUAUCACCUAGCCAUUGUAGCCCUACCAAGCCAGGCUUCCUACUUCCCUCUGCUCUCCUUGGUUUCCCUCUGUGAAGUAAAUCUCACUGACCCUUGAUGCAGCUCCAAGCAUAUAUAAGAUAUAUAUAUAAUAAAACCAUGGUCUAAAAAAUUCAAACCAGGAGAAAUAAAGCAAGAAAGUUGUAUGAGAAAAAUCUGCACAGAUUUACUUGGCCAUCAUGGUUUUCAUGGCUCUAUUAAAUUUAUCCCUGACCAUCUUUAAAGCCAAAGCACACAGGAUAAAGUGAUCAACUACUUACCUCUCAAUAUCAGAAAGGAGGCAGGAGGCAAAAACCUCUCAAUGAUUUCAUAAAAACAAUUCUUAUAUGGGUGUUCAUUAUGGAAAUCACAGAAUAGAAUGGACAGAAUUCUGAUUUCUAAAAUUCUGUGUGACAGGUUGCAUAUGGGUCUUUUCAUGGUCAGUUACUAAAAGCCACAUAAUAGUAGAACUCAAUUUUUUUUUUUUUUUUUGACAGUCUUGCUUUGUCGCCCAGGCUGGAGUGCAGCGGUGCGAUCUUGGCUCACUGCAACCUCCGCCUCCCGGGUUCAAGCGAUUCUCCUGCCUCAGCCUCCCAAGUAGCUGGGACUACAGGCACAUGCCACCACGCCCGGCUAAUUUUUUGUAUUUUUAGUAGAGACAGGGUUUCACCAUGUUAGCCAGGAUGGUCUUGAUCUCCUGACCUCGUGAUCUGCCCACCUCGGCCUCCCAAAGUGCUGGGAUUACAGGCAUGAGCCACUGCGCCCAGGCAGAACUCAAUUUUUAUCUGUUGGUGAGAUAAUGUAGGUCAAGUAUGUAGCCUUUUGCUGUUUUGACUUGAUCCAAUUGUAGAACUUUAGGAAUUCAGACCUAGAGAUGUUAAAUGACUGUCCCCUGUUUUAAUAGGUUUCCUGACUGUCAGCGUAAUUGUCUCAGUUCACUGACUAGUUUCUUAUAAGCAUAACCACUGGGGGGUCACAUGCAAGGAUUUCUUCAGGCCGGGUGCAGUGGCUCACACCUUUAAUCUCGGCACUUUGGGAGGCCAAGUCAGGAGGAUCACUUGAGUCCAGGAGUUUCAGACCAGCCUUGGCAACAUAGCAAGAUCUCAUCUUUACAAAAAGUUUUAAAAUUAGCCAGGCAUGGAGGUGCACACCUUGAGUCUCAGCUACUUAGGAGUCUGAGGCAGGAGGAUCACUUGAGCCCAUGAAUUCAAGGUUGCAGUGAGUUCUGUUUGUGCCACUGCACUCCAGCCUGGGCGACAGAGCCUUGUCUCUUUAAAACAAAAAAGGAAUUUCUUCUGAGUUGUGCUUGCUGAAGCCAAAAUACUAGGUGAUUUGGUGAUGUACCUAAUGAGCAUGGGGCUCCUCCUGCCAAUUAGAAGCACAGACAUCACAUUUGGAGUUUGGCGAGAUCAGAAUAUCUUAGGUUGAGCAGAACGCUAGGAUUGUGUCUAUGCAUUUUAAAUCUAUUUUUAAUCUCUAUCACAAUCUUAUAAUAGGGAUUAUGACACCAGAAUGGAGGCAGCUGCCUUAAGAUUUCAAGGGGUGCUAGCUGAAGAUAACAGAGAGGAAAGUUGGGAAGAGGCUGGAUCCUUGAUAACAGCUGAGCCAUGGACUUAACCAGUCUUAGAGGAGAGAUACCCCACCUUCAGAUUUCAUGUCAUACCACCUGAAAUGAUAUCUUUUCAUUAUUGCUGAAGCCAUUUUGAUUUGGGUUGUCUACUAUGCUACCUGCAGCCAAAGGGAAACUAAUAAAUGUGAACCAAGAAGCAAACCUACAUUCUUCUUCCCAAAGUCCGUGUUUCUCCCCCUCACCAACCUCUUCAUCAAAAACUACGUUCAUUGUAUUCUGCUCCUGCAAAAAGCUCACAUUAAGAAACAGGUUUAGGGAAGUGUUAUACACUGAAUGUAUGCAUCCCCCAAAAUUCAUGUGUUGAAAUCCUAACUCCUAGGACUUACUAUUAGGAGGUAGGGCCUUUGGGAGGUGAUUGGGUUUUGAGGGUGGAGCCCCUCAUGAAUGGGAUUAGUGCCCUUAUAAAAGAGGCCCUGGGAAGCUGACUCCCUUUUCCACCAUGUGAGGACACAGCGAGAAAAUGGCUGUCUACAAAGCAGGAUGCAGGCCCUCACCGGACACUGAAUCUACCAGCACCUUGACCUUGACCUCCCCCAGUCUCCAGAACUGUGAAGAAUAAGUGUUGUUUAAGCCACCUAGUCUAUGGUAUUUUUGUUAUAAUAGCCCAAAUGGACUAAGAAAUGAAGAGAAUUAAGAUGGGGAGGGCUAUUUUCAUAGCAAGGAGCAGAAAACUAGGAAGAAUAGAUAUAUUUAGAAGGGUUAAAAAGAAAGGGGAGAAUGUAUAUGUUUGGAUAGGAAGGGACAAGAUGCCCAAGUCAUCUUAAAAGUGCUGUUGAUUCCUGUGAAAUUUGUAACACUCAUUUCCAUUAUUUAAAAAUAAACUAAGAAAUUCAAACUUGUCUUGGAGGCAUGAAAAAAACAAAAAAGACAUGUUUUUAGUUACUGUAUGUUAUUCUGAGCUACACAUUAUUUAACAUCUCUGAAACUGGAAUAUAUUUUACAAUUGAUAGACUCACAUUUUAAUUAGCAGGUUAUUGUUUUCUUAGUGGUACAUAAGAAAUGGUGAAUCUUAUUCAGUGGCAUUUAGGUUCUAUUAAAUACAAUUUUUAACUGAAGUUGUACAUAGUUAAAUAAAAGUUUACUGUGAAAUAAA